AUGAAGAAGAUGUUCGAAAAAAUUUUUAAAUAUAAUGAGUGGAGAUACAAGAAGAUGUUUGAAUCAUUUGAGAAAUAAGAUAACUAUUAACAAUUUUUAGUCAAAAAUUAAUAAUUAUUCUUUAACAACGUAAUUGGGACUAUGAAACACUUAUUAGCAGCUGAUUAUGUAUGGUAUGGAAGAAUAAUGAAAUUAUAAAUCAUUCAGGUACCUUUUUUAUCUAAGGAUAAGAUGCGAACAAUUUAUCUUAAAGAACUUAUUUUAUUAUGGCAAAGUGAUGAUGAAAAAAUAUUUGAUUAGUUGCAAUUUGACUAUGAUUAAACGAAAUCCUUACUUUUGGAUAUUAAUUAAGUAUUCUAAUAGCUUAUUGAUUCAUGUGAUGAAGCUUAUUUUGAUUAAGAGUUUGAAUAUCAAGAUAGCAAAGGAGUCGUUUAGAAAAAGGAUGCUUCAACAGUAUUUUACCAUCUUAUAAAUCAUCAUUCACAUCAUUUAGGAUAAAUAUCAACUGCGUAUACAUAGUAAUUUGGAAGGAAAAAUUUUUUUUCGACUGAUUUUAUAUAUUUCAAAUGA